AGGUGUAGAACAUAAAAUACGGUGUUGAAAAGGGAGUAUACAUAAUAUGGCUGGAGAUAUCAGUUCAUAUCUCUUGUGAUCUUAUAUUAUAGCCGAUUAAGGACUAUAGGGAAUCUUGACAUCUUCGGCCCCAUCUAAGAUCUCACACCCUAACAAACGUAUCCCUUCCAUUGCUUUUGCCUGCACUCUUAUUUGCAGAAAACCCUGUCUCCCAUUCCGGGCAAAGUUAAUCAGCAUAGAAUACUCUCCCUCCCUCGCUUCCCACUAAUUUUCAUAAUUUCCAUUCACACUUAACCAUUAUGGAUGAGAUGUUCUUCCACUUUUCUUCCGGUUCCGACCCUCAAAACACGAUCCCACAAGAUGAGAUUUUGGAUUAUGUUCCCAUGGGUGGCAGCAGCAGUAGAGGCCGCCAACGAAAAUUAUUGUCAACUGAGAAGAGAGAAAAUAGUAACGCUGAUGAUAAGAAAAAGUCUAUGCACAGGGAUAUUGAGAGGCAAAGAAGGCAAGAAAUGUCCACCCUUUAUGCUUCUCUUCGAACUCUUCUCCCUCUUGAGUACAUCAAGGGAAAGCGUGCAAUAUCAGAUCAUAUGAAUGGAGCAGUGAGUUAUAUAAAGGACCUGCAGAAGAGGAUCGAUGGACUGAAUGCCAAGAGAGAUGAGUUAAAGAAGGCAUCGGAUAAUUGGAGUGGUUUUGAGCAAGGGAUGACCUCUAACGAGGCCUUCCCAAGCAGUGCUGUAGUUCGCCAAUCUUUGGAUGGGAUUGAAGUUGGUGCUACAAUUGCUGCUUGA